CCAUCCUUAUUACCUGAUUUUCAUAAACACAUCUCACAUUUUGCUCCCUGGCUUCCUGAUGACGGUUACUGUAUGGGAAAUCCUCCACCCAGAUUAGGAUGCUUGUAAUUCCUGCUCUGCUGAUCUGGGCACUUUUCCGAUGCUGCCAGCUGGGUAUCUGUGAAGCCGUGCCAUGCCCGGGGCCAACAUUCGCGUUUUUGGGUUCCUGCUAUCGCUUUGUGGAUCAAGAGACUGAUUUCUGGGGGGCAAGGAAGUCCUGCUUCGACUGCGGAGGGCGGCUGGCCAACGUGACGGAAAAUUCGCUCCUCCUGACCUUCCUGAGGGAUCACCUCAAUGGAACAAGUUGGUGGGUUGGGCAAGAUAUUGAAGCAGAUAUUUUGUGGCAUGGAGAUGCCGUUGUACAGAGAUUAUGCCCAGCUCUGUCCUACUCAGGGGUUCUACAGGAGGCACCUUGUCUACAACAAAAUGGCUUCAUCUGCCAGACAGAGGGACAAAGCUGUAGCUCUGAGAGGAGUAACAGAUCCACCACACCUGUGGACAACCAUGUACAGAGACAACAUUCUUCCAGAAGAACAAAGAGAUUGGUUGUCUUCAAGGUUGACGCGCCAGAUAUUCUCCAAAUGGCAUUGCAACAAGUUCAGACACCUCUAAUAGGAGGUCACAACCUCACAAGCCUGCUCAUCCUAUUAAAUUCCAGGAUGCAAGAUGAAGACGAUGCCAAUACAGCACAGCUGAACUUUACGUUGUCUCUUCUGGAUCAGUUAUCUGACACCCUUACAAAUCCAGACAUCAGAUCAUCGGAUUUAUUUACCAACCUGAGCAACGUGGUGUAUUUUGGUGUAAACAGCAUAGUAGGGACUGUUUUGGCCCCGUGUUCUCAAAUCACAUGGACUACACAAGAGAUACAAUCCUUCACGAACUCUGCGUUGGACAUUCUAAAUAACCUUCAGCUUGCCACACUUGCUAAUUUUUCUGGCCCGGUCAUUCUGCAGACCCCAAUGUACUCCAUGCUUCUGAGCAGUGAGAAUUCAUCAGCGAUUGGUAGCAAGACCUUCUCUUUUCCUGGCCAAUCGGUGGAAGUGGUUUUCCCAUCUCAGUCAGCGCUAAUGUCAUUGCUGUCAAAUCUACAAUCCGUUCAGAUUCAGAUGAUGAGUUUUGCAAAGAACCCCUUUAUUAUAGACUCUUCUUUCAAUAUCACCAGCACCGUCAUUGGCCUGUCCAUCGUCUCUCAGAAUCAAGAGAUCGGAGUUCACAAUUUAACAGAUAACUUUCAGCUCUUUCUCCCUCAAAGUCCAACUAACUCAACACCGAUCCAGACGAGUACAGACAAAGCUUUACAACUGUCUCUGAUGGCGCCCACAUCGGGCAGCACGUUGGUUAUUAUCGUGUCUGCAAACCACGGGGUGGAGCUGGAUCUUUACCAUGGAAAGAAAAUUUUGCCAAAACCGGUUGUGACUCGGAUCAAUGACACAGACUCCCACACAUGGAUAGUGACUCCAGCAAUGUUCUCUGAUCCCACGGCUAAACAGAUAUUCCUUGUGGCCCCCUCCAAUGGUUCCUCAGUAAACAACCUUCGGUUUGGCGUCUCUGCUUAUUCAGCGCAAUGCGCUUACUGGGAUCCAAACCCUCAGAAAUGGAAAUCUGAUGGCUGCAUGGUUGGCCCCCAGACCACCGCGGACGGAGUCCAGUGUCUCUGCAAUCACCUCUCGUUCUUCGGGGGUUCGUUCCUGGUGCUCCCAGUGCAGAUCGAUGUCACCCGUACAGCAGAAUAUUUUUCUCAGAUCUCACAGAAUCCUGUCAUUGUCAUAUUGCUGGCAUGCUUCUACGCUUGUUACAUUCUUGGUGUUCUAUGGGCACGACGGAGGGACCUCAGGGACCAGGUGAAGAAUCGAAUAAUAGUACCUCAAGAUAAUGAUCCUUGUGGAUUAUACCGCUAUCUGAUAACUGUGCACACCGGGCAUCGGGCAGGUACCAGUGCCAAGGUGUACCUGUCUAUUGGUGGAUUACAUGGUCAGUUUGGCCCGAUUCUCCUAUCAGACACCAAAUCUAAAGUGUUCAAUAAAGGCAGUAAGGAUAUCUUCCUACUUUCUUUGCCGUAUCCUCUGGGUGAGAUUAAAAGCAUCACGCUCAGCCAUGAUGGAUCCGGUCCUCGUAAAAGAUGGUAUGUAACCCAAGUGAAGGUUCAAGAUGUCCAACUGAAGAAAACUUGGUACUUUCUGUGCAAUGCAUGGCUAGUCGAACCAGCCAAAGGAGACACUUCCAGCAAGACCUUCACCGCUGCUACUGAUCAAGAUUUGAGAAGCUUUAGGAAUAUCUUCAUGAAGAAAACGUUACUGGGCUUGCAAAAUGAUAACAUCUGGAUUUCGGUCAUUAAUCACCCGGCGCGCAGUGUAUUCACCCGUAUUCAGAAGAUAUCCUGCUGCAUGUGUCUCUUCCUCUGUACCAUGGUCAUCAAUCUGAUGUUCUGGGAAAUGCCCCAAUCCAACUACCCCAUAAUCUUCAGUAUGGGUGACAUCAACAUAUCCUGGAAAGACAUCAUGAUAGCGAUUGAAAGCGCUCUGCUCAUGUUUCCCGUCAACUUGCUCAUCAUCUACAUCUUCAGAAACACUCAACCCAAGGAAUGUAAAUCGGGAGAUAAGAAAGGCAAAAAAACUGCCAAUGCCAAAAAGGGCCCAUCCAGCCAACAGAGUCUGGCCACCAUACUAGAGAACUUGUCAACGGUGGCACAAACGCUGAGGCAAAACUCGUGGAAUAACAUGGAAGUGGACCUAAACCAAGAGCCAAGUCCAGACUUUACUGUUCUUCUACAGAUCAUCUCACACCUGCUGCAAAAGCAAAUACCUUCUGGAACCCUGACAGUCUCCGUACCGUUGGCUCAGCUCUCUGGUGAAGAGUUGCAUGCCUUGUUCUGUGGAAAUUAUGUCUCUCAGAAGCUCCGGAAAGUGUCUGCUGAUCUUAGGCAACUGGAGAACCAGCAAGUCCUAGACAAGCAGCAGUACGAAGAGUUCUCUAUACAGCUACAGGCGCUAAUGAAUGUCCUGGAAAAAUCCAUACCAUCAGUGCCCAUACAAAGGUCCCCUCAAAAGAAGGCAAUAAAAAAGAAACGUCUCCCUUGGUGGUUCCUGUACAUUGGGUGGUUCCUUCUGAUAUCAAUAAGCAUUGUGUCCACCUACUUCACCAUGAUGUACGGAUUCCUGUAUGGGAAGCAAAGCUCUAUCCGAUGGAUCGUCUCCAUGUUCCUGUCACUCUUCCAGAGUAUCUUCAUUCUGCAGCCUCUCAAGGUGGUGGGAUUUGCAGUGUUCUUUGCUUUGGUGCUGAAAAAGGUGGAUGAAGAUGAAGAAGAUCUUUUGGAUGGAGAAUUGGGACUACCAGACGGCACGUGGUAUGUAUCCGGGAACUGUAUCCUGAUAGUUCCAAAACGGGUGACUUAUCAAGAAGCCGAAUUCUGGUGCCGGAAAUGGGAAGGAGAGCUGGUCCAGAUUGAAGAAGUCAACUUGCUGAACUUCUUACUUUCACUGAUUGAUGAUGGAGAAAAAUACUGGGUGGAUAUCCCGCACAGGACGGAGAGGAGGCUUCACUAUGGGGACCGUCAGCAUAAUAGACGAAGACAGAAGGAGGUGCCCAGUGAUGAUUUCUGUCCCAUAAUAUUCCAAGGCUCCGAUAACUUGGAACGUGCAUCAAGCUGUGAUGAAAUAAUGGGAUUUAUCUGUUCGUUUGAUGUGCCGAGAUCACAUAAUAUCAAGAGCCGUUCUGUACUCCAGAAUUACUUAACUCUUUUUGCAAGCUGGAAGAAAAGCACCACCACCACCACCAAAAAGCCAGCGCCAACGAAACCAAAGACCACCGGGACGGUCACUCCGCCCAAUCUGGAUGCCCUCACUCCCCUGCAGGCCGACUCUCUGGACAACAUGACCCUUGACGCCAUAAGACAGGCCACCACCAACCUUGUAGCCAAGCUGGAGGACGUGGUGCAAGAUAUCUGGGUGGUGUCACUUGUGUCUAAAGCUUCCAAUAUACUGACACAGUUGGUGAACUCCAGUGCGUAUUUGGUACCGGAGACACAGGUCAAUGCGAGCGACCUUCUGCUUAGUCUUGGAGAGCAACUGACGGGCACAUUGAUAGAGGAUGUUAAUGUGACCAAAGAUGUUGUGGUUGAUGCAGCUCAGUCACUAUUUAAUGGCUUUGACGUCACGAUGAAAGCAUCAUUGGAGAAUUCUGAAAACUUAACAUCUGAUCAGAUGGUUCACAUCAUAGAAACCUCGGUUUCUUCCAUGGAAUCUGUAGAGACGGCACUAUUGUCACUUGGAAACUCCUCUACUCAAAACCAUUCCUUCUCCUCCGAUCUGUCCAGUAUGACAGUGGCCAGAGUGAAGUCGGCAGACCUGACGAGCGGAGCAUUCAGCACCAGCCUGCCCGCUUUCUGUAGAAUCACCUUCCCUGUCUGUUCUGUCCUGAGUGAUAGAACCAGCCAAUACGAAACAGUAAAUGUCAUGGUCUUGGCUCUGUCUGUUAACCCAUUCAGUCACUUAAGUCCUUUGGUAAUAGACGGGCCCGUGGUUAACAUUGAGCUUGGUGGAGAUGAUGGGCCCAUUGAUGUUGCAAAUCUGACCGACUACAUUGAGAUUGUACUGGUCAAGAAUCAGAGCUCACCGGUCAACGAGUCAAAGAUGAGCUUGGCGAAGGACAAGAACCUAAUGCUGAGUAUGAAUGUGACCUCUGAUAACCACACCGUGGUGCUGAUCGUGCAGCCGGACAUCGCCGUGCCGAUCGCCCUGCACCUCUGGUUCCAGGAACAACCCAACAGCAGUCUCCUGCAGAACAUCUCCCUCCCGGAUGAUUCAAAUGGGUUAUAUACCUGGGUGCUGACCUCAGACAUGUUCAUGAAUGGCACCGGUGUUUAUUAUAUCAGUGUUGCGGUGACCAAUGAGAGUAUAUGGGCACAGAGGACGUCUCUGGACUUUGCGGUCAGCCUCUUCGCCAGCCAAUGUGUGUUCUGGGAUGAUGAUAUGAGAGAAUGGAAUGAAUACGGCUGUCGUGUUGGUCCCCAAACGACACCUUCCGAGACCCACUGUCUGUGUAACCACCUGACCUUCUUCGCCAGCACAUUUCUGGUCAUGCCACACGUGGUGGAUAUCAGCGACAGUCUAGCGCUCUUUGCCAACGUGGCCAAUAACCCAGUAGGUGUGGGUUUGCUUGGUGCUUUGGUUGGAUUUCUCCUGACUGUGGUGGUGUGGGCACAGAAGAAAGAUCAGGAUGACCUGAAGAAGGUCAGAGUAGCCAUUCUUACAGAUAACGACCCCGCUUCUCACUGCCGAUAUAUGAUUAAGAUAUGUACUGGUCAUCGUAUGGGAUCUGGAACCACAUCUCAGGUGGUUCUAACUCUGUAUGGAUCUGAAGGACAAAGUGACCCUCAUCUAAUAACAGAUUCUAAGAAGGAAAUAUUCCAUAGAGGGGCAGUGGAUGUCUUUCUUUUGAAAACUCGACCUCUAGGAGAGCUACACAGCAUGCGAUUGUGGCACAGCAACUCCGGCAGCAGUCCCUCCUGGUAUGUUCAUCGGGUCACUGUGACGGAUCUUGCUGCCCAGAAGACGUGGUAUUUCCUGUGUGACUCCUGGUUGGCGGCAGAUUUGGCCGAUUGUCAGCUGGACCGGAUCUUCCCAUCAGCCUCCAAAGUCAACUUGAUGUCUUUGAGGUAUCUUCUCUUCUCUGGUACUGUGGAGAAGUUCCUUAAAGACCACUUGUGGUUUUCUGUGUGGACUCGCUGUCCCUGGAGCCCGUUCACCCGCGUGCAGCGGAUCUGCUGCUGUAUGUGCCUCUUGUUCUGCAGUCUGGUCAUUAAUAUCAUGUUCUGGAAUGAUCACUCUGAUGAAGAUUCACAGACAGGGGACUUUUUCAUAACCUUAACCCAAAUAAAGAUCAGCCUCCAGUCCUCAGCUCUUUUGCUGCCGGUGAAUCUCCUGAUUGUACAGAUGUUCCAGCUCAUCCAGGUGCAGGUGAACCAGGUGAACCCCACUAUCAACAAACUGCGGGUGUCCCUGACUGCAAAGCCACCGGCCAUGGAAGCUGUGGGACAGGAGCUACUCAGGGACAUAAAAGGCAUUGUAGACUUCCUACAGAAAUACAUCAUCCAGGUUCUUGGUGAUAGCCCAGAGCACUUGCUAACCUCAAAUAGCGAAUCAUUUAUUGAAUAUUUGGAUUCGAUUUCUCAUCUGAUCCAGAACUAUGUGUGUAUGGAAGGAGUGAGUCAUGACAACACUCGGCGCGUGACUGUGAUCACAGCCCAGCACUGUCACUUUCUACAUUAUGUGUACAAAGUAAUUGAAAAGCUCCAAUAUCAAGUUGCCUCCGUGGACCUUACAUAUGUUUCCAGGCCUGUCGAUUACAUCCAAGCCUCCAAUAUCUUGUACGACCUGAAAGAACUGCUGAAAAGUCAAAAUGUGUCAAAUGCCCCACUUCCCAGCAGUGUGACCAACAGUUUUCCCGUCACCGUGGCUCAAAAGCGAUGCUGCCGUAUGCCGAAAUGUUUUACCUUUCUGUGCUGGUUCUUCCUGUUUGCCAUCAGCUCCUUCUCAGGUUACUACAUGGUGCUUAUCAGCCUGGAUAUGACGAAGGACAAGGCCAUCAGCUGGCUCAUAUCUAUACUCCUCUCCUUGUUCCAGAGUAUUGUUUUAAUACCACCAAUUAAGGUCUUUGCACAAACUAUCAUCAUGUUUCGUGUGCUGAGACGAGUCAACAUUGAAGAUGCAGCAGAAGAGCAGCAGUUGUAUGGGAUUAUUGGCCUUUUAGAAAGUCGCCCAGACUGGGAGCUGUCAGGAUGUAGAGACCCAACCAACCCAGUCUAUUGUGCUCCACCGAACAAGAACACAACCAGCCUGAAGAAACAGAGGGUGAUGGAGCGGAAACUUUACACGUUAAUUCAUGACAUUAUCGUCCACUUGAUAUUCCUCACCACCACUAUGGUUAUGGCAUACGGUGACAAAGGGAACGAUUACAAUUUGUACAGCACAAUCAGGACGAGCUUCGCCGAGUCCUACUCCACGAUUGGAGCCAUAUCGGACUUUUACAGCUGGUCAAGAGGCACUUUGUUGCCCAACUUGUAUGGGCAAUACCCAGGCUUCAUUACAGACGGGAACUGCUUCCUCGUGGGCAGCCCCCGAAUCCGGCAGCUGAGGAGAGUCCCUACCAGUGGUGGAAAUGCAGAACUCUAUGACUCUGAGGACACCAGCAGCUACAGUCCUCAGUGGAGCGUUGUCCGCAACAACGAUACCCCAGGGGACAUGUGGUCAUACUACUCGGAAGAGGAGCUUGGAGGGUAUCCUAUCUGGGCGCAGCAAGGUUACUACUCUGGAGGUGGCUAUGUGACAGAGAUAGGCCUGGACAAUACAUCUGCAGCCAGUAUUCUUGAUCAGCUGGAAAGCAGUUAUUGGCUAGACGGCUUGACCAAAGUUUUUUUUGUGGAGUUCAAUGUGUACAAUGCCAACAUCAACCUCUUUGCCAUUGUAACCUUUAUCCUGGAGACCACUGUGAUCGGAGGCUUAGUGCCAUCCAUUGACCUGCAGAUCAUGCGUCUUUACUCGACCACUGACACAACGGUGACCUUGCAGCUUGGGGCUGAUAUUCUGUUUUUCCUCAUUUUACUGUACACCAUUAUAAUUCAGGUGAUGCGUCUCAAAGACCAGAAAUGGUCGUAUUUCCGUCAGACGCACAACUUACUGGAUCUCUGCAUUAUUUUCAUAAGUUGUGCCAACACUGGGCUCUAUAUUAAGCGGAUAAUUCUUAGGAGGCGGGAUAUAAAUCGCUACCACGUUGAUCACUCAAGGUUUAUUAGCUUCUAUGAGACAGCGAUGAUCGACUCAGCGCAAGGUUAUGGAGUUGCCUUUCUUGUCGCUCUUAUGACCGCUAAAUUGUGGCACCUCCUCAACUUAAACCCCAACCUGCAUCUGAUCACAGCAACCCUCCAGAAGUCCUGGAAUGAAAUCAGCGGCUUCCUUCUCACCAUCAUCAUCCUCCUGGUGGCUUACAGCAUCUCUUGCAAUUUGCUGUUUGGUUGGACUAUCAGCGACUACAGAACUCCUGUGAAAGCCUUUGUGACCAUUUUUAGUCUUCUCAUUGGGAUAUUUGAUUAUAAUGAGGUCAUCAACCUGGACCCAGUCCUGGGAUCGCUGCUCAUCUUCACUUGUGUCGUAUUCCUAGUCUUGGUAGUUGUGAACGUCUUCUUGUCUGCAUUGCUUCAUGUAUUCUCCAGCGAGCGCAAGAACCCCACGCCUUAUAAAGAAAAGGAACUGGUGGACAUGCUGGUAACGAAGCUGUCGGGGGCGCUGGGAAUACGAAAAAAGGAGGAGGAGACCGCAGAAGAGAAGGAAAAGGAGGAGUGAAGAGAUUACAUUACAGCCGGAUUACUCACCAGCGAAGCGCAAUGUAGAAGUGACACUGAGACGCCAAUGUUACCAGUCAUGAAGCCCCAGACCACCCAAAACUGGUGUUUAGAUUGUGUUGGGCACCGGAGAUUUAGGCCUUGUUCACACUCAAGUGUAUGCCCGUGUGAGGGCCAUGUUUGCCUGCACUGGGAUGUAACGGUGUUCCGUGCAAUCAAAUAUUCUCCCUACAUUUACUUGAAGCGGGGUACGAAUACUUAUCCACUGUGAAAGCAAGUAGUCCCGUGUUUCCCCGAAAAUAAGCCCGGGUCUUAUACGAAUUUUAGCAACAAAAGACACAGUA